UUUACAUAGAAAUAUAAUAACCUCAAAUAAACAAAUUACUAAAACUAUGUAGAUACAUAAUUAUGGAUGUAUUAAAGGAUACAUUGAUAUGUCGUUUGUGUGGUGUAAAUCUUACAGAAGGAAAGUAUAAAAAUAUUUUUGAAGGAUCAACAGAUUUAAUACAUAAAAUAAAGGAAACAUUACCAAUUUCAAUAUCUAUUGAUGAUAAUGGUUCAAAAUAUAUGUGUUUAUUAUGUUAUGACAAAAUUAUUUUUUAUUACAAAUUUAUUCAAGAGGUAUUGGAAUAUUCUAAAAAAUUACACAAUGCAUCACAAAUUAAAUCUAUCUUUAAUCUAUCUAAAGAAAUAACAGAUUUUUCACAAAUUCAUAGUGAUGCUGUAUAUACAUGUCCAAAUUGUAAUGUUGAUUUAAUGAUUUUAUUGGUCAAUAAUCCCCAAGGCUGUGAUUAUAACUUCCAAAUUUCAUUAGCAAUGGUAAAUUCUGAAAAAAAACAUAUUAUAAAAGAAAAAAAUAUACAAAUACAUAAAAAUAUAGUACAUUUUAAUAAUGCAAAAAAUAAUAUACAUUUAAAAAAUGAAAACAAAACAACAAAAGAUAUUGAAAACAUACCUAAUCAAGUAAGUCUAAUAUUACCUAUAUUAGAAGAAGAAAAUUUAAAUUGUAAGGAUAUAUUAUAUAACAAACAAAAUUCAAAAAUUGAAAUACAAAAAAAAUUUAAAAAAAAAGAAUGUAAUACUCAUAAUUCUUCUACUCAUUUAUUUAAAAUAUCACAAGAGGAAGAAAUAUCUCAUGUAUCUAAUGAGAAUUUAUUGAACUGUGAUUAUGAUUCUACUGAUCCAUUAAUAAAAAAUGAGCCUGAAAGUGAUACAUAUUGGUUAGAUAGUGAAACUGAUUAUAAAAGUGAAAAAGAUAUAUGUAUAACUAAUAAAUCACAAAAUAUAUUAGAAAAAAAUGAUGCACAAGAAAUAAUGUAUAUAAAUGAAAAUGAUGUAUAUAAAUCUUGUUUAAAAUAUAUAUGCAAAUUAUGUGGAACACGUUAUCUUUCACACUUAAAAUAUGAAUUUCAUAUGGAAAGACACAAAUUUGGUAAAAUAGAUAAAUAUGAAUGUACAUUAUGUGAUAAAGAAACAAGUAAUGAAAAUUUAUUAUGGGAUCAUUAUUUUCAUACACAUAAAAGUUUACAACGUUAUAUUUGUAUAGAAUGUGGAAAAUUAUUUACAAAACGAUCUAGAUUAAAUGGACAUCAAAAAAAUUAUAAACAUUCUGGUGUAAAACAAAUUCAAGUUGGUACUAGUGAAGAUACUGUUAGUGAAGAUGUCAUACAAAAUGCAAUAGCAACAAAACAAGAAAAAAUAGCAAUAAAUUGUAGUCUUUGUGGUAAAUUAAUUUCUGACUUAGAUCCAGAUGCUAUUAAUGAUUUAGUUACAUGUGCUACUUGUGAAGAUUCUACACUUUCUUUAGUGAUAGAUGGAAAUGAAACAAAAGUAAUUUCUCCACGUCAAUAUCACUGUUCUAAAUGUCCAAAGCAUUUUGUACGAAAAGAAAGACUAGAAUUUCAUGAAAUGAGGCAUAAUGAAAAUAUGAAUGAAUUUAUUUGUAGUACUUGUGGAAAAGAUUUUAGAGCAGAAAAUUCUUUAUAUGAGCAUUAUCUUUUUGUUCAUAAAGGAGCAAGACCUCAUAUCUGUGAAUUAUGUGGUAAAUCAUUUCAGUUGAAAGCUAGAUUAAAAGAACAUCAUCGGAUACAUACAGGUGAAAGACCAUAUCAAUGUGACAUCUGUGGUCAACGAUGUAGAACUACAAAUGCUUUAAAACUUCAUAGAAAAAUUCAUUUUUCUCAUAAUAGAUAUACUUGUAAUAUAUGUAAUAAAUCAUUUAGUAAGAAGCAGAAUAUGAAUGAACAUUUAGAAAAACAUUGGAAAAAUGAUAAAAAUGUAAUAUUACCACAAUUAUUUACAUGUCCAAUUUGUAUAGAAGAUUUUCCAACAUAUCGUAUGUUAAAAUACCACAUGAUAGAAGUUCAUGAAAUUAAUAAUCAGGAUCCACUUUUGACAAAACAAAAACCAUGGUAUGAAUGCACAGAAUGUCAUGAAAAAUUCAAACAUCAAAUGUCUUUAAAAGCUCAUAAAGAAAGAAUACAUGAGGGAAGAAUAGAUCCCAUCUAUCAAUGUGACAUAUGUAAUGCUACAUAUAGAGUAAAACAACUUUUAGUAAACCACAUUAAAAGUAAACAUAAUGGUGAAAGACGUUAUAAAUGUGCACAAUGUGAAAAAGGAUUUAAUGAUACUAAAUCUUUAUAUAAUCAUGUAUUAUUACAUACUGGCAAAAAACCAUUUAUUUGUGAAUAUUGUAAUAUGAGUUUCAGAAGAAAAGAUUCUAGAGAUCAUCAUCGUAGAAAACAUACUGGUGAACAACCUUAUCAAUGUCCUGAUUGUGGUGAAUCAUUUUCUACCUAUAAUAAUCGAUCUAAACAUAGAAAACGAGAACAUGGAGAAGGAGAUUCUGAAUGUCCUGAAUGUGGAGAAAAAUGCAGUAAUCAACAAGAAAUUAGAAUACAUUUAAAUAAACAUUUGGGAGAAAAAUUAAAAAAAUUACAAAAUAUAAAAUCUAAGGAAAUGUAACUUAUAUAUUUCAAGAGUAAAAAAAAAAAAUACAGUGAAACUUCGAUUGUGCAAUCUAAUGAUAUGAUAAUCUAAAUUAAAAUGAAUUAAUAUCAUAUAAUGUAGGAAAAUCUUAUUUAUUAUUUUUCAUAUUUAU